AUGGGCUUAGUAGAGAGAAUAUACCUUGUAGUAUCAACACAGAACAACGAUACCAUUCCUGCAGAUAUAAUGAAUGAGUAUGGACCUUUGUUCAAGGGUAUAGGAUGUAUGUUAGGUCAGCACAAAAUACAAAUUGAUCCUAGUGUCAAGCCAGUUGUCCACCCUCCUAGGAAAGUACCAUUAGCUCUCAAGUCUAAGGUAAAGGCUGAAUUGGACCGCAUGGAGUCUGAAGGUAUCGUGAUUAAGCAGACAGAGCCAACACCAUGGGUAAACUCAAUGGUCUCCGUUGCUAAACCAAAUGGAAAAGUUCGAUUGUGCAUAGAUCCACGAGAUUUAAACGUCGCGAUACAGCGAGAGCACUUCCCAAUGAAGACCAUAGAAGAUGUAUUAGCGGAACUUCCCGACGCAAUGGUAUUCUCAAAACUCGAUGCGACGUCAGGGUUUUGGCAGUUACGCUUAGACGCAGAAAGUACAAAGCUCUGUACUUUUAAUUCGCCAUUUGGACGGUACAGUUUUACUAGAUUGCCCUUUGGAAUUAAGAGUGCACCAGAAGUCUAUCAACGCACAGUUUCAGAAAUGAUCUCUGGUCUGGAAGGCUGUGAGGCAAUUGUUGAUGACAUACUAAUUUGGGGUACUGAUAUGAAGGAGCAUGAUGAGAGACUACGAAAGGUCUUAGACCAAUAUUUGGGAAAGUUUGUGCCAAAUUUAUCCGAGGUUAGCGCACCACUUAGAGAACUAUUACAGAAAACAACUGAGUGGUAUUGGGACGUAGAGCAGGAAAAUAGCUUCUGCAAACUCAAAAAACUAGUGACUCAAGCGCCAGUACUACGUUACUAUGACCCUGUGAAGGAACUUACAUUAACUGUUGACGCGAGCUCGAAAGGGCUAGGAGCAGCCAUUAUACAAGAUGGUCAGCCAAUAGCAUACGCUUCUAGGGCGAUGACUACCGCGCAACAAAACUACGCACAGAUUGAGAAAGAGGCGUUAGCAAUCGCGUUCGGUUGUACGAGAUUUCACCAAUUUGUAUAUGGUCGGAGCGUUACAGUAGAAAGUGACCAUAAGCCACUCCAGUCAAUCUUCAGAAAGCCUUUGAUGUUAGCACCGCCUAGACUGCAGAGGAUUUUAUUGACUUUGCAAAAGUAUGACUUGAAUGUCACCUACAAGCCUGGUAAGGAGAUGUUGAUUGCAGACCAUUUAAGUAGAGCUUACUUACCUGAAAGCAAGGACGACAUUGUACCAGAUCUGACGAUCAAUUCAUUGUUGACGUCGUACCUCCCGGUAUCCCCGGACAUGUAUCAUAAACUACAACACGAGACGUCAAACGAUAGAGAACUUCAAAAUCUCCAAGACGUAGUGUUAGAUGGGUGGCCAGACACAAGAGAAGAGAUUGUUACAGAGAUUCUGCCGUAUUGGAAUUUCAGAGAUGAAAUAUCGUGCGUAGACGGCUUGUACAAAAACCAUAAACUGAUAAUUCCAAAAGCAAUGCGUUCAGAAAUGUUGAAGAUUAUACACAAAUCUCAUCUCGGGAUUGUGAAGUCCAAGUCCUUAGCCCGCGAUAUCCUACAUUGGCCGGGUAUGGCAACUGACAUUGAAAACACCAUAAAAAGGUGUACCUUGUGUGCCGAGACACCACGAGGGAAUCCCAAGGAACCUCUAGUAGUAACUGACUUACCAGAUAGACCGUGGUCAGUGAUAGCCGCGGAUUUGUUCGAAUACAAGGGAAAUCAUUACUUGGUAUCUGUAGACAAGUAUUCGAAAUGGCCAGAACUUGCAAAGCUAGACAAUCUGAGUAGUAGUAACACAAUUUCCUACCUCAAAGGUCAGAUGUCGCGAUAUGGAAUACCCGAUCGUGUUCUAACAGACAAUGGACCUCAAUUCGCGUGUGACUGA